AGGCAGCAGCAGCAGCAGCAUGGGAGAACUUCGCAUCCACUCCGUGCUGGUGAGAGGUGCCAACCGGGGCAUCGGCCUGGGGCUCGUCCAGCACUUCCUGGGGAUGCCAACCCCACCCAAGUGGGUCUUUGUGGGGUGGAGUCACCAUCAUUGGAGGUGUUCAGGAGGAGACUUGAUGGGGUGCUUGGAGCUACAGAACCUAGCCUCUAAGAACCCCAACCUAGUCAUUGUCCCUCUCAAAGUCUCCAACACUGCCAGCAUCAAGGCAGCUGCAGCCACAGUUGAGAAGCACCUGGGGGGCUCAGGGCUGACCCUGCUCAUCAACAAUGCUGGGAUUGCCAAGAUCACUGCACCAGAGGAUGUGACCCUGGAGGACAUGAGGCAGAUUUACACCACCAACACCAUUGGGCCCUUGCUGAUGGGACAGGCAUUCCUGCCCUUGCUGAAGAAGGCUGCCCAGGGGAGCCCAGGCUCAGGACUGAGCUGCAGCAAGGCAGCCAUUGUCAACAUGUCCAGCAUUGCUGGCUCCAUUGCUUAUCCCUUGGAAUGGGAUCGAAUGCAGAUUGUCUCCUACUGCUGCAGCAAGGCUUCUGUUAACAUGCUGACCAAGUGCCAGUCGUUGGGGUACCAGAAGCACAGCAUCCUCUGCAUUACUCUGCACCCUGGCUGGGUGCAAACCAACCUGGGGAGCUCUGGCAGGUGAAAGCCUUUUGUGGUGGUGGACACUAGCGUACAAGGGAUGCUGAAGGUGCUUUCCUCCCUCUCUGAGAAGGACACUGGCACCUUCCUGGACUGGGAAAGGAAGGUGGUGCCAUGGUGA